CCGAGCUGGAACACACGGAGCUGCGCGAGCUCCUGCCGCGAGCUCUACAUUUCCCGCAUUUUUUCCACUUUAACGGAAGUAUUUAGGGUUUAUUUUGGGGUAUUUGUGGAGAACAGUGUUCCUUUUUUCAGUCACCCUUCCUGUACUAACACCUGACGGACAUUUUAUCUUUUAUUUCACCAGAACUUGCUGUGGAGAGAGCAGCGGUUUGGGACAGAAGCGUUACUAUUCAUCUGAGGAGGAAAAGUGAAGGAGAACUUUUCCUCUCAGUCUGGAGGAUCAUCAGAUCUCCACCAAAAUAUUACACUUUUCUUGUUGAUCUUGCUGAAAUAAGUUUUAAGGAAAUACAAAAAAAAAGAAAAAAGAGCUGAAACUUCUGUUUCAAAAAAAAAGAAAAAAAAGAAAGAUGAUCUUAUAUGGGAAUAAUAUGGAUGUAAUAUAACUUGACAGAACUAGCUAACUCAAAGAUGGAGAACUUUCUGGAACCUUUUCUUACAUUUUCUUUGUUUUGACACCAAACAGCAGAAUCACCAAGUUCAUCCGGUGAGGAACUCAUUGUGAAGAUCUACAGACACGUCGUUGGAGUCGAUUUUGCUUUAUUUUUAAGCUUCUCAGGUGGAGUCUUCACACUUUUGGUGCUUCUCAUAGACAUCGCACCUCACAGGAUUUAACGAACUUGACACUUUGAGGGAUCAUCACGUUUAAAGCUUCACGGUUUCUGAAUGAUCUCAUGACUUGUGAACUUGGCAGUUUCUAACAGGCUCUAAAAGGAUGUGAUUUAAAAAGUCACGUUUCGAAGGAUCUCAUGAGCUUCGUGCUUUGAAGGAUAAUGAACUCUAAGCAUUGAAGGAGCUCAUGGACUUGCCCUGAUUUUGUCCGACUGCAGAUUUUUGUAUGCAUUCCUCCUCGGGUUUCUUUUGCAGGAUGGAGAGAGGAGCUCAGAAACUCUGUGGAUGUCCUCACGGUUUGACGUUUUUACUUGUAUUCCUCAUGGAGAGCUUAACGGUCACGGCAGCCAACCUGGAGCCCAUCUACUGGAACUCCUUGAACAGUAGGUUUGGGGACGAGCGAGGUUACGUGCUGUACCCUCAGAUGGGGGACCGUUUGGACCUGGUGUGUCCCGCAUCCUCUUCACGGGAGUACGAGUUCUAUAAGCUGUACCUGGUGUCGGAGCGCGAACAGGCAGACAGGUGCGAGCUGAGCGAGGACUCCAACCUGCUGCUCACCUGCGACAAACCCAACGCCGACACGCGCUUCACCAUCAAGUUUCAGGAGUUCUCCCCCAACCUCUGGGGCCACGAGUUCAAGAACCUGCAUGACUACUACAUCAUAGCUACCUCGGACGGGACAAGGCAGGGGUUAGACAGCAUGAGAGGGGGAGCAUGUGCGACGCGAGGCAUGAAGGUUGUGCUCAAAGUGGGACAGAGUGCAUAUGGACUUCCCCCAAAACCAAAACUGGAUCCCGGUCGCUCCAGCAGCAAAACUCCAGAUCACGGCGCGGACUUCCCAAACAGUGACGAAGCGGGCGAGAUGGACAGAGGUGACGGCUCAGUCUCUUCAUCGGUCAUCAUGUUGAUCUUCAGCGCAGUGGGCGGGGUCCUUGUCCUGCUGCUGGUUGCUGUGGUGACCGGGGUGGUGUGUUACCGCAGGAGGAAAGCCAAACACUCAGAAACGCAGCGCCCUAGCCUGUCUCUCUCUGCCCUCACGCCCAGAAGGGGCGGGGCCAGCAUGGCAGGAAAUGCAGGAGUCAUCGCGGGGGGUAACAUCACUGGCGGCACAGAGCCCAGUGACAUCAUCAUCCCGCUGCGGACUUCUGACUCCGCCUACUGCCCGCACUACGAGAAGGUCAGCGGCGAUUACGGACAUCCGGUCUACAUCGUACAGGAAAUGCCACCUCAGAGUCCGGCUAACAUCUACUAUAAAGUAUGAGGAGGGACCUGGAACGCUCCCCCUCAACCCCACACACUUACACACACACACUUAAAGACUGAAGACUCUUCCCGUCUUCACGGAAACAUGCUCUUACCACAUACGCGUUCCGUGUGUUAGGUUUGUGUCUUUAGUUUGCUACGAGGCUAAGGCUGCUAACAAGUAACGGAAGCUUUAUAGCCUCCAAUUUAGUAGUAAAUCUGUGCAUCAUUUGUCCCACAGAAGCCGAAGGUCACACAUCAGCACAGGCUCAGGAAUGGGGUGGGGCUUAGUUAGUUAGCUAGCGCUAAAGUCAGUGCUAAAUGUAAUUACAGUGUAUUUCUAGUCUUUCUCAGUAUUAUUUUAACAUUUUUUCAACACAUCUAUAUUUUUUUACACCGUUUACGUCAAAGCUUUCUGAACUACACGAUAGCUGACUGAACACCAUUAGCUUCCCAGUGUGAUAAAUAACUAAAUAAAAUACUAAAAAUUCAUAGCUAGUACUAUAACAAUUAAAAGUACUAUAUAUUUUACUAUAUGUGCAAUAUCUAUAAUCUAAUAAAGAAUAUUUAUCGCUAAAAUCACUCCAUCAAUUUUUCAUCAUGUAUCUAUAAAUUCAUAUUUAUAAUUCAUAUUUAUGUAUAACAGCUGUAGUAAUCAUGCAUUAGUUAGUAAUUACCACAAACAUUCUGUAAAAUCAUUAAAGUACACGUAUUGUUAUGGAGUCGGAUCGGCUAAACUGGAGGCCAUAGGCUUCCAUUACUUGUUAGCAACAUUAGCGUUGGAACUACAGAUUCAAACCACGUCACACAGCAAACAUGUAUCGGUGCAGUAAAUACAUUUUGGGAUGAAAGUGAUAUUGUGGACAUUUGUGUGUGUGUGUGUAUUAAACUGCAGAUCUUUGUACACACCUGCGGUAGAGACUGGCACUGAAGCCUUGUUACUUCCUGUUUCUCACCGGUUGUAGUAAACGUUUGGAUCAUG